AUGCUACGCCGCUUCCCAAUUUCACAGUCUGUAAGAUUACUUUCCAGCUCCCGUAUUGCUUUUCAGCAAGCGAAAACGGGCUCUGAAAAGGUCAUUUCCAGCUGUCCAGCUGGUACAGUGUUGAAUUUGCAAAUCAAAAAGUCCGGCAAAGAACCCGUGGCUCUGGAGGACCACGAAUACCCAGAGUGGCUUUGGAGUGUUCUGGAUGAAGAUGCUCAGCUCAAAAUGCUGCAAAAGGACCCGUUAAAAUUGCGCAGAAAACAACUAAGAACUUCCAAUCGUCAAAAAAUCAAACAAAACAACUUUUUGUCUGAAAUUUGA